AGGAACGUUGACGUAGCGUUUUAGCGCGAAUUGUGUACCAAUCGAAGGCUGUGGAAGGUGGAGCUAAGGUUGUUCAUUUAAUGUACACGCGCGUUUCGUUUUUUUGCGAUUUUAUCGACUAAGUGGUUUGUGCAGUUCGCCAUGUCGAAAGAGGGUCAGCCACGAGAACCGGAGCAACUCCGGAAGUUGUUCAUUGGAGGCCUCAGCUUCGAGACCACAGACGACAGCCUGCGCUCUUAUUUUGAGCAAUGGGGCACGUUAACAGACUGUGUGGUUAUGAGAGACCCGAACUCCAAGCGCUCCAGAGGCUUCGGUUUCGUCACAUACUCCUGUGUGGAAGAAGUCGAUGCUGCCAUGAAGGCACGUCCUCACAAAGUCGAUGGUCGUCUUGUAGAGCCCAAACGUGCCGUGUCAAGAGAGGAUUCCAACAAACCCUUUGCACACACCACAGUGAAAAAGAUCUUUGUGGGUGGCAUUAAGGAAGACACUGAAGAGAGCCAUCUACGGGACUACUUUGAGGAAUUUGGAAAGAUCGAAGCGGUUGAAAUAAUGAUCGAUCAUAAGACAGGCAACAAAAGGGGCUUUGCAUUCGUUACAUUUGAUGACCACGACGCUGUGGAUCGUAUUGUCAUUCAAAAGUACCACACAAUAAAUGGCCAUAAUUCAGAAGUAAGAAAGGCAGUGUCUAAACAAGAGAUGCAGAGUUCAUCAAUGAACAUGAGAGGACGUGGAGGCGGAAACUUUGGUGGUCGAUACGGCAACAAUGACUUUGGAGGGGACAGAGAUGGAUUCAGAGAUGGAUUUAGAGGAGGCAGAGGUGGAGGAUAUGGUGGUGGAGAUGGCUACAACAAUGGCUUUGGAGGUGAUGGUGGCUAUGGUGGCGGCGGCGGCGGCUCUGGUUAUGGUGGCAGCCGUGGUGGGGGAUAUGGUGGAGGUGGACAAGGCUACGGAAAUGGCGGUGGAGGAUAUGGUGGUGGAGGAUACAGCAGUGGCAGUGGAUAUGAUGGCUAUAACAACGGCAAUGGAAACUUCGGGGGUGGAAACUUUGGUGGCGGUGGUGGGAGCAGCAGCUACAAUGACUUUGGAGACUACAACAGCCAGCAGUCUGGUUUUGGCCCCAUGAAGGGAAGCUUUGGAAGAGGUGGCAGGAAUAGCGGCCCAUAUGGUGGUGGCUAUGGGGGCAGCUCUGGGGGAGGUGGAGGCUAUGGAGGUGGAAGUUCAGGUGGAGGAUAUGGUGGAAACUCUGGAGGCAGGCGAUAUUGAUUCCUAUUAAGGACUCAGUACUUAGGAGAGGAGACAGGAGAGCGAGAGGGCUGACAGGGCAGCAGCAGGUUUACAACCUAGAUCUGCUCAGCCAUUCAGAAGAGCUGUACAGUAGUGCUGUCACAAGCGGGACUUUUGUUUUCGUGUGUGGUUGUGAUGUCGUUUUUUUAUAUUUUUAUUUUCUUUUAUGGGAUGCAUUCCAUAUGAGGUUUUGUAGAAAUACUUUAUUCCGCUAUACUAAUUAUGUGUAACUCUAAGGAAUCAAGUUGAAAUAAAGCGACUUCCAGUUUUUUAAUAAAAAAUUGUUCUUUCAGUCAUUGGGGUUAUCGAUGGGGAGGUUUUUUUUUUUUUUUUUUGGGAGGGGUGGUCUAUCCCAGACAGUUAAAAGAAUUGCAGAGGUUUUAUGGGGAAUAUCUUCUGAAACAUUUGUAGAUUAAAGAUUGGCAACCUGCUGGUUAAGAUGAAGCAGUUUAGCUUGUAUGACUGCCAA